AUGCGAUGCUGUGCGCCUGGUUGCAAGAAUGACUCCAGACAUGUCUCAAAAUCACAAGGAAUUACGUUUCAUAUCUUUCCAACUGAGUCCUCGCUCCGGUCCGCAUGGCUUCGUGCUAUUGGGAAACAUUCCUGGGAGCCAAAAGACCGAAGUGCUAUAUGCUCUGUACACUUUUUAGCUGAUGACUUCUAUGAGACGAAGAGUGGUCUUAGGAAAGUUAGGGCUGGCGCUGUUCCUAUUGUAUUGCAGUUUAGCGAAGAAGACAAACUACCCCAACGGCUAUGUGUAGAAUGCGCCUACAGACUAUUCAACUGCAGCAAGUUCAGAUGCAAGUCUCUUCGAGCUCACUCUUUGAUGAUGGAAUUAGUGAACAGACACGACAUUUUAACAAUACCAGUUAUUAACACAAUAGACAGAGAAUCGAACCAGUUAACAUCACAAUUACAACUAAAAAACUUCGAAAUUGAUCACUGCGAUUUAUACAUAGAAUUUAACGAAACUAAAGCAGAACAUUUGGAGCGACACCCUGAUUUUGAUGCCAUAAAUGUAGAUGUUCGGGUUAAAAAUGAAGACAGUGACAUUUUUAUUAAUGAAACUGAUUUUCAACAAGAUAUCGUACAACCCGAAAGCGUUCCUGAAAGCGUUAAAGACGAAUCCAAUCUAAAUGAGCCUAACACGAUGUCAGAUGUCGGCUUCACAUCCGACGAUAGCUUACCUCUAGAGGUAUCGAGGAAGAAACCCAAAAACCGGAAAAUAGAAAAGAAGGAAACCGUAAAAAAAGUUAGAAAGAGAUCGGUAAAAAAAGAUUGCAAUGAACCUAAAAUCGACAGGAGACGCAAACCUUUUUUGAAUGAAGAUUUAAACGAAACUUUGUUUACUAUAACCGAUUUAACGUUUGAAGAGCAAGUGGCCGAGAUUGAAAAGAGACAGGAAAGUGCAAAUUACAAAAAUUCAGUUUUCAAAUGCACAGAGUGUUUUAAAGGAUUUCUCGAUGAGGAUGCCUAUAAUGGACAUAUGAGUCGGCAUACAGAUCAAUGCGGCGAAUAUCAAUGUGACAUCUGCAAAACUCACUUCAAGCACCAGCACGCUCUACGUAAACAUAUAACAGCUCACCACACGCAGAGGUUUAGUUGCAACCAGUGCCCUUAUGUCACUACACAUAGACAAACAGCGAGAUUGCACGAAAGAUGGCACAAAGGCACCAAAUACCAAUGUCCUCACUGUCAAGAUGAAUUUGUCAAAUUUACAACCUACAUGGGUCACAUUCGCAUAAAACAUCCUUCGGACUUUGUUUGUCAGCUGUGCGGAUAUUCCUUUGUAAGCGAGAAAGGCAUCGAGCUGCAUAAGAAGUUGAAACAUAGACUGGAUACCGACGAGAUACCUGAAGAUGGGCCGUUUUGUGAAAUGUGCAAUGUUAGAUUCGUUUCAACGGAAGCUCAUAAACAACAUCUGAGGGUAUCGGCUAGACAUAAUACAUCGGACAAGGAAUCACGCGAACCAAAUAAACCUAAAAAGGGUAGAAAAUCAAAAGAGGCUAAAGAGAGGGAAAAGAAAGUUCGAGAAAAGAACAGCAAAGAAGAUUUGGAUGAUGAAAAGAGACGGAUAUAUCCUAGUCAGAUGCGGAAGGCAGAGGGACCUAUACCCUGUGAACAGUGUGGACUCCAACUGGAAGAUUCUCGAGCAUACCACGGCCACUUCAGACGAAUGCACCCAGACAAGAAUCGAACCAACUACCCUUCGAUGAAGUCGCCUUGCAUGUGCGAAGUUUGCGGAAGAAUGUUCCAGAGUUACGCGCUACUUAAAGAUCACCGUUGGACCCACACAGGAGAGCGUCCGUUUAAGUGCGACACGUGUGGGAAAAGUUUCCGCAUGAAACAACGACUUGUCGCGCAUCGGCGAGUGCACAGUGCCAUGAAAGCAAGUUACGUGUGUAACUUGUGUGGAAAACACUUCUCGACUCAUAGCAACAGACAGCGGCAUAUGUUUAUCCACACAGGGCUGAAGCCGUUCAAAUGCGAGAUGUGUGGCAAGUGUUUUAAACACGCAAGCGAGAAACGGGCCCACAUCACUUACGUGCAUCUCAAAAAGCCCUGGCCGAAACGGACACGAGCUAAACGACGAUCGGAAAACAGACAGGGUUCUUUACCUCCCCAAUCUCAAUUGCCAUCGAGUACAACCGACUUGGAUAUCGUGCAACCAAUCUGGCCCACCUGCGACCCUAAACUGGACCACAUUAAUACCAUGAUGGACGACAAGCCAAUGUAUUAUAAUUUGAAAAUAUAACAGAAGGAACAAAGUGUCAUAGUAAUAACAUUUUUUAUUGCUAUGGCCAUAAAUAUAGCGUAAAAUCUGUUUUAGUAGUUUUACUGUUAACAAAGUGGUGUAUUAUGUAUGCCUCGUUGUACGUCACCAUUCAUCUCUUGUUGCUGUUUUCCUAGUGCAGGACUGAUGAUGGCACUUAUCGUCCUCCCCCUUACUUAUGGUAUGCCCUUUUUGAAGACGCAGUAAAAUGGCAUUAGCUGGGUUGCCAGUUUUCAUAAAAGUUUUAAAUAGUCAUGUAGUUGUUGUCGAUAGUUUUAUCGAUAAAUUGUGAAAGAAAGGUAAAAUUUUGCUAAAAUGUCUGAAUUGUGAACGAAACGAAGUAAUGAUUACUAAAUUUGUGUUAUAGCCUUCUUCAUUCUUAUUUUGACAGUUGGCAUACUAUAGUUUAUUUCACAUAGUAUAGGUACAUAUGGUGACGUGUCAGAUUUGAAGUUUCUAGGGAUGUAGUAACGUAAAAUCGAAUGAAAUAAAAUCGCUUUAAAUAUCUCAUCGAGAUAAUAUUUUUUGUUCAUUUUCUGUUAUUUUUGUAAACAACC